GAGAGCGCGCAGCCUCCUCCGGGUGUGGCACGCGCCUUCAGUGGGAUUCGGUGGAUGCUCAGAGGAGGACGGCGCGAGGAGCGCCCGCGUGCAGGUGUCUUCACAGGAUUCUGACGCGGAGUCACGAGACCGCUGGAGCGGAUUUACCGGGAGGCGCGCGUGCCAUUACGCACCGGAUCUGUCCGCGUGGGCUCGGUUCAUGGGACUCACGGAGGCGCCGCGCGGCUGUGACUUCUGACAAGCGCGGGAAGAAGAGGAGGACGUCCGGACUCACACCUGAAAGUUGGCGGGAGGCGCGCGGCGCAGCAUCUGGAUAUUUCCCGCGUUCAUGGGUGGACUCUCCGGGACGCGCGCGCGGUGAUGGGCAGCGGGUCGGUUCCGGUCUGAAUGGGCUCGGCUCGGGGGUCCACGCUGUGCACGCGCACCAUGACCGCGGAGUGAGUGAGAGACACCGAUAAGACACAGAGAGAGAGAGAGAGCACUUCCGGACCCGUGCUCGAUUCCAGCUGCGCGCGACAUGAUCCUGAUCAACAUCAUCUCUCUCCUGCUGCUGCUGGAUGUGUGUGUCAGCGAGUCGGAGUUGGGCCCCCCCGGAUGGAGGGAACCGCUGGACUGUGUCCGGGCCUCCGAGCUCUGCAACCAGAACAGCCAGUGCAGCUCCCGGUACCGGAUCAUGCGCCAGUGCCUGUCGGGCGGGGACAAGGAGCGCAGCGCCAUGCUGGCGUCCCGGGAGUGCCAGGGGGCGCUAGAGGUGCUGCAGGAGUCGCCGCUGUACGACUGCCGCUGCAAGAGGGGCAUGAAGAAGGAGCUGCAGUGUCUGCAGAACUUCUGGAGCAUCCACAUGGGCCUGACUGAAGGUGAAGAGUUCUACGAGACGUCUCCGUACGAGCCGAUCCACUUCUCGGAGGAGUUCAGACACGCCUCCAUAAUCUCAGACUCGUCUCUGUCCAAGGUGAGCCCCUGCUCCGAGGCAGGGAAACCCUGUAACCCCUGUCUGGAUGCAGCUAAAGCCUGCAACCUGAACGAGACCUGCAAACGUCUGCGCUUCGCCUACAACUCCAUCUGCAGCAAGGCCACGCCCCCACAGUCCUCGGUGGCCAAUCAGGAGCCGUGCAGCAGAAAGCGCUGUCAGAAGGCUCUGCGGCAGUUCUUCGAGCGCGUCUCCUGGGAGCUCAGCUACCCGCUGCUGUUCUGCUCCUGCCCGGACCAGGCCUGCGCCGAGCGCCGCCGCCGCACCAUCGUCCCGUCCUGCUCCCACCAGGAGAGGCACAGGCCCAGCUGCCUGGAGCUGCGGCACACCUGUCGCUCCGACGCCCUCUGCAGGUCCCGGCUGGCAGAUUUCCACACAAACUGUCAGGUGACCCCCCACACCGCCACCAGCUGCCCCCACGACAACUACCACGGCUGCCUCAUGUCCUACGUGGGCCUCAUAGGCUCAGAUGUGACGCCGAACUACAGCGACAACAGCCCCCGCAACAUCAGCAUCAGCCUGUGGUGCAGCUGCAGGGGGGGCGGCCAGCAGGAGGCGCAGUGCGAGGCGUUCCACCGCGACUUCACCCACAACACCUGCCUGAAAAAUGCAAUCCUGUCCUUCGGUUACGGUGCAGAAGGAGGCGGGGCUUCGGUGACCGAGCUCCCGGCCACCUUCCUGGCCCCCGCCCAGCCGCCCGUCAUCUCCAAACCCGCCCCCUCGCUCCACGCCAUCAAGCCCAUGGACAGCGCCUGUGUGUUCUCCACGUGCGCAAACCUGCAGGAUGGGGGUCAGAAGUGCGUCUCCUCCGAGGAGUUCGAGUGUGAGGAGUCUCUGCUGGCCCGCGGGUCCAUCGGCUCCCAGGACUCAGCGGGGCCCAGAAGUGGCGGCGGCGGCAGGAAAUCGUCUCCAGGCCUUCAGCUGUGCGUCGGCGUCCUGGUCCUGCCGGCGCUGCGCCGCCUCUCGUUGUUGUGAACGCUCACACACUCACACACACCAACACACACACAACAACCAUGAGGGAGGGGGCCGCACAAACCGGACUGCUGAGGAGGACUCUGCCGGGCCUCGCUGGUUCUGUUCGGCUCGGCUUGGACUCAGCUCCUCUGAGAGCCUCGGAUCCCCCCGACCAGAGCCACGAGGGAGGGGGGCGGACCCUUCAGGACUCCUCUGCACCUCCUCCUACGGCAACAUGAACGACAUUCACCCGCCCCCCCAGCGGACAAACAGGCCCCUCCCAUUCCAGCGCCAACCUCCAUGCUGUGCUUCUGCCAGUCUGUUCACUGUGUCGUCUGUACAAACUCACUGUGUGCAACAAACGUGCCGUGGAAGAGUGUGUGUCCAUCAGUGUGUGUGCGUCUGUGUUUGGAGAACUCCUGAAGAAGCUACAAACUGAAACAAGACCAGAAGUUCAAACGUGACAGGAACAAUUGAGGGUAUCUGAUCGGUUGUUCCCUAAAUGAGUCACAGGAAGGUUUUCCAUGGUUUUGAUUUUCCCGCCCACAUCUCAACACGUCUGUGUGAGGAAAUCAGAACCUCAUUAAAUGCGCCUGGUCUGAUUCUGUUCAAAUAUUCCUUCAUGGGUCGGAGUCCUUCCAAUGUGCAGCUUAAAGAGAAUCGGAUCAGUUUAUCUGGAAAAAACCUCUAAAACUGUUGUGACAGAACCGGAUCACGGCUCAGACGUCCAUCAGGUUGAGUCUGUAAUGUCUGGAUCAGCAGAUUCCUGUCAAUACCGGCGGAUGGUCUAAAGAAACGGUUAUGUGGACAGAGAUCAUCGUCUGCAGAACGUCUGUCAGCAUGUUUGAUCUCCCCUCGUGUUAAAGUCUGCUUUUAUUUACUGACAGUCACUUCUCCUGACAGUCGUCCGUGCAGGACAUCCUCAUACUGACUUCCUGUAGACCUCUCCGUCUGCUCACAUCCACUUCCUGUUGACCUCUCUGUCUGCUCACAUCCACUUCCUGUUGACCUCUCCGUCUGCUCACAUCUACUUCCUGUUGACCUCUCUGUCUGCUCACAUCUACUUCCUGUUGACCUCUCCGUCUGCUCACAUCUACUUCCUGUUGACCUCUCUGUCUGCUCACAUCCACUUCCUUUUGACCUCUCCGUCUGCUCACAUCCACUUCCUGUUGACCUCUCCGUCUGCUCACAUCUACUUCCUGUUGACCUCUCCGUCUGCUCACAUCCACUUCCUGUUGACCUCUCCGUCUGCUCACAUCUACUUCCUGGUGCUGACCGGACUUUUAGAUCUAGGCAUCAGCCUGCAGACCAUCAUCAACCACGUCUUGUCUCCUCACAUGUUUGUUUUCGGUUGUUCCUGUUUUGGUGGCCAUUUUGGAUUUUUCAUUCCAAACUUUGAUUCGAUAAAGAGGGGGGUGGGGUCUUUCUGUCUGUAACUUGAUGGACUUCAGCUCCGGACAUGAAGAGAACAUCGAUUAUGAACAUUUUAAAGUCAAAUUUAAAGAAGAAUUCCCUUAAAAAGUCUCAAAUUUCAAGGUAAUUCAGAACCUGAUGAAGCUCGUCUAUUUCGAUCAAAAUGGAUUUAGAGAGAGUGAGGUCAUGUGACCAUCGGCCUUUCACAGGAAUCACAUUUAGGUUUGGAGAUGAAGCUGAGAUCUUCUGUUAGAAAGAAUGAACUCCUGCCAGGAUUUACACCGACUGAAACACUUCUAGUCUCACAUUUUUUUCCUGAGUGUUUUUCACUCCGACGUCAUAGAUUCAGUUUUAACAUUAAAAACUCAAGAAAUGAUCAGUCUGUUUGUCACCUUCAAAUAUUUAAAGAUUCACACAAACUUCAGAUUUAAAACUGCUGCUGUCAGCAGACGUUACAGUGAAGUCUAAUGUCGUGGUCAGAAAUCGUCGACUCAGUCUUGUAAUUUUGUUGUCAAGUAUUUUUAGGCUUCACUGAAACACGAAUCUGUUAGUUUUCCAUCAAAUUUGCCCCAUGACUGUUAACCUUUUAUAAUUUAUGUAUGACUAUGAGACACGUUUGUUUCAGUUCAUAAACUCAGUCCUGGAAUAAUUUGCUUUUUCUGGUCUUAUUUGUUGCUGGAGUUUGAUAUUUAUGUUAAAUGUUCAGGAUUACACAAUCCUGUUGGAUCCAACAACGGAUCCCUGUGGAAUCAUUUUUGUCGUCCAACUGAGAUUUCUCUCACUGCCAACGAGCCUUACCCCCGUUUGUUGAGGCGAACGCCGCGAGGAACUUUGAUCGUCUCCGGGUCAAACCGCAUCAUCUCAUUCAGAGCUGGAGGAAACGGCGCCGGCUGGACUCUGAGUCACGACUGGUGAAACCGUGAAGAGAGGUUGUACAUUUCAGAUGUUUGUAAAGUCUAACAGCUUCAGCAGUGUUACUGAAAUCUGUGUCUGGAGAUUCAAAUAAAACAUCUGUAACAAAAA